UCACCGUCAGUCGUCGUCAUCAUCGCGGCGGAAUCAGACGGGUGAACGGACGGCGAUAUCAGCAAGCGACCAACGACCUGCGAGGCGGAGCAGCGUCGGCGAUCAUGGAUGACGCGAACGCCGUCAAAGUCGCCGGAGUUCCGACCUCGACUCUCAAUCGCAUCGACCUCUCGGGUUCUGAUAUCCGGCAGUCGGUGUCUCUGCUCGAACAGGCGUGCUUGGAUUCUGGCUUUUUCUACGUGAUCAAUCACGGAAUCGGCCAGGAUUUAAUGGAGGAGGUCUUCGUCCAGAGCAGGUGGUUCUUCGGCUUGCCCUUGAGCGAGAAGAUGAAGCUGUUGGGGAACGAGAAGCACAGAGGCCGCACUCCUCUGUUGGAUGAGGUCCUCGAUGCUGGGAAUCAGGUUCAGGGAGAUUAUAAGGAGGGAUACUACACAGGAGCGGAAGUACCAGAGGAUGAUCCUGAUGCACAGAAGCCUCAUUUUGGACCAAACCUCUGGCCUUCUGAGGAGAUAUUGCCAAGAUGGAGGCAGACGAUGGAGAAAUUUCAUAGUCAGGCGUUAAAUGUGGCGAAAGUAGUUGCAAGGAUCAUUGCUCUAGCACUUGAUCUGGAGGCUGAUUUUUUUGACAAGCCAGAAAUACUCGGUGAGCCUAUUCUGAUCUUGCGCUUGUUGCACUAUGAAGGUCUAAUCUCUGAUCCUUCUAAAGGAAUAUAUGGAGCCGGGGAACAUUCCGACUUUGGGUUUAUUACCCUGUUGGCAACAGAUGAUGUCCCAGGUCUUCAAGUAUGAAAUGUUCUCCUACAAAACUCUUGGUACAGCUCCAUCCGGCAGUCGGUGUCUCUGCUCAAACAGGUGUGCUUGGAUUCCGGCUUUUUCUACGUGGCCAAUCAUGGAGUCAGCCAGGACUUGAUGGAGGAGGUCUUCGUCCAGAGCAGGCGGUUCUUCGGUUU